UGGUUUGUGCUGCUGCACUGUGCUGCAGACUGCGUGGCGGUUUCCGGUGUCCGUCCGUCUGCAGGAGGAUGGCGUCCGGCUUUUUCCUUCAGCUUCUCCGCCGUCGCUCCUCCGACUCCCAAAUAUCUCCGAUGUUCUGGAUCCGAGACUAAAGACGGCACCAAAAACCCUGUUUUUGUUUUUUUUGCAUCACGUCUAGAGGAAGUUUUUAUUCCAGAUACAUAGCACUGGUUCCCAUUCACCAAACCACAUCUGCCCCCUUUUUAAAAAAAAAAAAAAAGUGGCACUGAAAUUUCUAUUUUUUUACUCUGCACUGAAUUGCUGUAUGUGAAGUGGAAGGAUGACUGAAGCAUGGCAGCAGCAGCAACAACAACAUGCAGUGGCACCUCCCUCUGUUGUGCAUACACUACCUCAGGGCACUGAUAACACCCUUGGCUGUGCUGUGUAUGGAGUCGUGUUGCAGCCAGACUCUUCCCUGCAGCAGCCCCAGCAUGGUCAGCAGCACUCUGUGCCAGGCCAGCAGCCCUCCUUGCAGGUAGGGGGCGAAAGAGGGCAUAAGUGUGGAGCCUGUGGCCAUGAUAUAUCUCAUCUGGCUAACCCUCAUGAGCACCAGUGCAUGGUCAGCCAAGAUCGUUCCUUCCAGUGCACUCAGUGCAUGAAGAUUUUUAGCCAGGCUACAGACCUCCUGGAGCAUCAAUGUGUGCAGGUGGAGCAGAAGCCAUUUGUGUGUGGUGUCUGCAAGAUGGGCUUUUCACUGCUCACCUCAUUGGCCCAGCAUCACAAUUCACAUGGAAAUGGGAACAACCCAAUGAAGUGCUCCAUCUGUGAGAAAACCUACCGACCCGAUUCUGGAAAUGUUACCCCGACCUCGUCGGCUGCCAACCCUCAGCAGCCCUCCACCGGUGAGACGUCCGGUGGUGGUGCGACAAUCAGUGCCUCGUCUCCCCCCACGUUUGAAGCCUCUGCACCUGACAGGCCAUAUAAGUGCUCAGUGUGCCACAAGGCCUUCCGACAUUUGUCAGAGCUGACCCGCCACGAAAGGGUGCAUACUGGUGAAAAGCCAUACAAAUGUGACACCUGCGACAAAAGCUUCAGCCAGUCUUCACACCUGGCGCACCAUCAGCGCACGCACAGCUCUGAGCGGCCGUACAAGUGCGCCGUGUGCGAGAAGAGCUUUAAGCACCGCUCUCACCUCGUGCGUCACAUGUAUGCCCAUUCGGGCGAGCACCUGUUCAAGUGCAAUUUGUGCGAGAUGCACUUUAAGGAGUCGUCCGAACUCCUGCACCACCAAUGCCAGCCAGAAGGUGAGAGGCCCUUCCGCUGCGGCUCUUGCGGAAAGAGCUUCAAGCGUCCGUCUGACCUGCGGCAGCACGAGCGCACUCACUCAGAAGAGCGGCCCUUCCAGUGCGAGGAAUGCCAGAUGAGCUUCAAACAGCAGUAUGCUCUUGUGCGCCACCGGCGCACUCACAAAAAUCCCGCUGACCGACCCUUCAAGUGUAACCUCUGUGAUAAGGGUUUUCUUCAGCCGUCCCACCUGCUGUACCACCAGCAGGUCCAUGGCAUGGAGAGUCUGUUUAAGUGCGCAUCCUGCCAGAAGUCUUUCAGCCAAUCCGGGGAACUGCUAAGGCACAAAUGUGGCGGCGAAGUGGAGAAGCCCUACAAAUGCGACGUGUGCGGCAAAGGGUACAAAAAAAAUUCAACACUGCAGCGUCACCAAAAUUCUCACUGUACAGAGAAGCCACUGAAGUGCUCCCUCUGUGACAGGCGCUUUGUGUCCUCCUCAGAGUUUGUGCAGCAUCGCUGUGACCCAACACGUGAGAAGCCCCUGAAAUGUCCCGACUGUGAAAAGCGCUUCCGGUACUCGUCUGAGCUGCAGCGCCAUCGCCGCGUUCACACUGGCGAGAAGCCUUUCAAGUGUGCCAACUGUGAAAAAAGCUUCAAGCAGCGUGAGCACUUGGCUAAGCACCAGAGUGUGCACUCGCGGGAAACGCAGUUCAAGUGCGUGUGGUGUGGUGAGCGUUUCGUUGACCUCACGGCCCUGCAGGAGCACACUGUUCAGCACACCGCUGAAGGCGAGAACUUCCCUGCAACGUCUUGCAUCCCGUGAACAGCAACUCUUCGGCCACAGUCAGCAAACACAACGGUUACCCACAAAGCAAUGUGUGCCAGCCUCCGCUAUUUUAUCUGUAAGCUGUAACAUAUUUACAUUUCAUAAAGAUUUUAUUGACAGUGAUAUAAAGUCUGAGCGCAUCCUAAGCUUUUAGCAAACAGAAAAAUGGAUGAAACCAGCUGGGAGGAUUGGUGACAUCACGGCCAUAUUCUUCUUUAUUUGGAGCUCUUGGAAGAAACUUGGAAGAGAAUAAGGUCAACUUAAAAAGUUGUAAUUUGCUCUUUGAUUUUAUUUUCAUCCCCACCCUUGCAUCGUGUCUGCAUUUUUCUGUUUCUUCUGUUCAAGACUUUCCAAUUGUCAAAUUACGUCUCCUCUUAAAAUCCAUGUGCCUUUUACCAAUCGCUCAUUUGGUGUGUUGUCAAUUUUAUAUUGCGUAUGUAAACUGAAAUCCUUCCACUCCUAUCCAGCGGUUGGCUUGUGCAGCAGUAACUUCUUGCUUUCUAGAUCUAGGUAGUUUCAUCUGUUUGUGCAUGAGUAUUUAUCACAGUUUAAUAUCACUGUUGUAUAAUAGGUUUAUUUAGUAAAAUGCAUUAAGAAGACAAAAAAAAGUGGAUUUGUGAAAAUUGUAUAGCCUGUGUCCUAUGAAAAUGUGUUGUUGCAUCUUUGUAAACAGAUGACAUCGAGGUAGCCAUCCCCUACCCGCCGUGUCACACAAACACUUGACAUGUGCAAUAGAACGUGCACAGUGUAAUAUUUGACUACUGAAUCAUGGCAUAGUCUACUCUGUCAUAAUAUAGAUUGUGUGUAUACGUGUAAGUAUGUAAACAUAAA